AUGCCUAUCCCUGUGCUUGGGGAGGUUUAUUUUAACGGCAUCCAGUCCAUUCCGUUUCUGUUACCAGUUCUUAAAGUUUUACCAUGGAUUGCUUUGCUAGUUUUAUUGAAGACUUGGUUCGGUGGUGCGAGAAAUGCAAAUGAACGAGUUAUGCAUGGUAGAGUGGCUAUAGUAACAGGUGGUACAACGGGAAUAGGGGCAGCAGUUGUUGCCGAUCUCGCAUCUCGUGGCUGUCAACUCAUUCUUCUUGUGCGCGACCCUAAAGACGUAUUCACUCAAGAUUAUAUUGAGGACCUCCGCGAGCGCUACAACAACCAGUUGAUAUAUGCGGAAGAAUGUGAUCUUAGCUCCCUUCACAGUGUUAGAAAAUUUGCGACCAAAUUUAUCGAUAAUUCGCCUCCGCGACGCGUGGAUAUGGUCAUAUGCUGCGCUGGUAUCAUGGCGCCUCCGAUGACAGCAAAGGUGUUGACAAAAGACGGCGUUGAAGCUCAUUGGGGGAUUAAUUACCUCGCUCACUUCCAAUUACUUAACAUAUUGACGCCUACCCUUCGUGUACAACCCCCUGAUAGAAACGUCCGUGUGCUCAUGGCCACAUGCUCUUCUCAUGUCCUCGGCGAACUUGACCUCAACGAUGUGCAGUUUCUCCAGCGCGGAUAUCCAACUAUACGGCCAUGGCGCUCGUACGGCGCAUCGAAAAUGGCCGUUAUGGCGUUCGCCUGCGAAUUCCAGCGUCGUAUGAAUGCUCAUGAAAGACCUGAUAAACAUCCUAAUAAUGUCCGCAUUUUUAACAUUGAUCCCGGCCUUACUAGAACUCCUGGAAUGAGGCGUUGGUUGAGUCUUGGAAGUAUCUGGGGGUUGCUGCUAUAUGUAGUCACAUAUCCAUUCUGGUGGUUGGUCCUCAAGAGCCCUGAACAAGGUGCACAAACAUUUCUGGCCGCAGCUAUGAGCCCUGAAUGCGGUGUAGGCGAGGGCGGGAAGUUUUUGCGCGAAUGUCGCGGUGCUAUAUAUCGUAAAACGAUUCUCACCACGGAAGAACUUGGGACAACACUUUGGGCCUUUACUGAACAACAAAUUAAGGAUCUUGAGAAGGAAGCAGCUAUUAAACGCGCCAAGGAAGAACGGGCUGCUAAAAAGGGGACCAAAACCACCGACAAAGCCACUACAGGCGCCUCAAAAUCCAAAAUCCCUGCUAUUCCUAAAAUGUUUGAUCCUACAAAGCCUAUUGCCCCGGAGGAAGAGUUCAAAUUCCCAGAAUUAGAAUCCAUGAACGACGAAGAGCUCAAAGAUAUCGUGAAGAAGGCUGCCGAAGCUCGUGCUAAGAAAGAGGCACUGGAUAAACUCAUCGCUGAGGAGGAGGAAAGAGAUCGUUAUAAUCGUGCAAUUGCCAAACUCCCCGAAGGUGUUCUAGAUACACCGAGUAGGAAUACCAGGAGUCGCACGGCAGAAUUCUCUGGGCCAAGGAUCGUUGAGGUCGCAGAGUCAGCCCCCCCGGAGGCUAUCCCUACUUCUUCAAGGCCUAGUACUCCAAGUAAGAAUAGAAGGCGGACGAAAAGAGCAUAA